AAAUAAUCCACCGCGGGAGAGUGCACCGAAUGGUUACAUGCACCUAAUCUUCUUCUUCUCCUACUUUCUUCGACGGUACCUGUUGUUAUUGUGCGCCAUCUUGAUCUUACGUGCGCCGUUGGCGCAUUCUCUUAUACCACCAUUAACGUGCGUCAACACCGGAACCGUUGAAUCAGACGUUACUGGUAUCAGGUUCGAUCGUUGCCUCGAUACCGAUUCUCUCGCCAAGAUCUCUCUUUCCACCGUCAUGUCGAAAGCUCGUGUUUAUACCGAUGUUAACGUGAUCCGACCUAAGGAUUAUUGGGAUUACGAAUCUCUCAAUGUUCAGUGGGGGGAGCAAGAUGAUUACGAGGUAGUGAGGAAGGUGGGGAGAGGGAAAUACAGUGAGGUUUUUGAGGGGAUUAACAUGAAUAACAAUGAGAAGUGUAUUAUCAAGAUUCUCAAGCCUGUUAAGAAGAAGAAGAUUAGAAGGGAGAUUAAAAUACUUCAGAAUCUUUGUGGAGGGCCAAAUAUUGUAAAGCUGCUUGAUGUUGUCAGAGAUCAACACUCAAAAACGCCAAGCUUGAUAUUUGAGUAUGUAAACAGCACAGACUUUAAGGUUCUGUAUCCAACAUUGACUGAUUAUGACAUUCGCUACUACAUCUAUGAGCUGUUGAAGGCUUUGGACUUCUGCCACUCACAAGGAAUAAUGCACAGAGAUGUCAAGCCACACAAUGUCAUGAUCGACCAUGAGCUGCGCAAACUUCGCCUAAUAGAUUGGGGUCUCGCUGAGUUUUAUCAUCCUGGAAAAGAGUACAACGUCCGUGUGGCCUCAAGAUACUUCAAAGGUCCCGAACUUCUAGUUGAUUUACAGGACUAUGACUAUUCCUUGGACAUGUGGAGCCUCGGUUGCAUGUUUGCUGGGAUGAUAUUCCGCAAGGAACCUUUCUUCUAUGGCCAUGACAACCAGGAUCAGCUCGUCAAAAUUGCCAAGGUACUCGGAACUGAUGAAUUGAAUGCAUAUCUGAAUAAGUAUCAGUUAGAACUUGAUACUCAACUAGAGGCACUUGUUGGGAGACAUAGCAGGAAGCCUUGGUCCAAAUUCAUCAACGCUGACAAUAGGCAUUUGGUCUCACCUGAGGCGAUUGAUUAUUUGGACAAGCUGCUCCGGUAUGAUCAUCAAGACAGAUUAACUGCAAAAGAAGCAAUGGCUCAUCCCUAUUUCGCUCAAGUCAGGGCAGCAGAAAGCAGCAGAAUGAGGACUCAAUAGAGAUGUCUCGGCCGAUUUUUGUUUCUUCUUCUUCUCCAGUGUGCUCUUUUGUUGUUUACUAAUACAUUUUCAUAUCCAUAUGGAUUUCUUUUAUAAUGUCGAAAUUAUGGAUUUAUAAAUAUGAGAAUUCUUAUUACUCCCUCCGGUUUCUUAAAAGUUUGUGUUUUGAGAUUUUUGACACUUUAAAAAAUUAUUUACAGUACCAAUAUGAAUCUAGACUAAGUUGUAACUUGUAACGAGGCUCAGAUUACACACACAUGCCUUGUUUGUACACAAUUAUGUGUCUUUGAUCAUUUUGAUCUACGUUAUGUUUCCAAAUUGAUAUUUUAC